AUGGGAAGAAGAAAGAAAACUACCAGAAAGCCAGUCAAAAAGCUCAGACAGAAGCUGGAUACUCAGUUUACCUGUUUGUUCUGUAAUCAUGAAAGAUCGGUGUCAUGUACAAUGGAUAAAAAGUCGGAUAUUGGAAUCUUACUUUGCAAAGUUUGUGGACAAUCGUUUCAAAGUCCCAUUAACUCUCUCUCAGAGCCAAUAGAUGUUUAUUCAGACUGGGUGGAUGCAUGUGAGGCUGUCGCAGAUGAGGAAGCAAAGCUGGCGAAAAGUGGUAAAACUUUAGUGGAUGACGGUGGUGAUGAAGAAGAUGAAGAAAAAGAUGAAGGCUAUUGA